AUGCAGUUGAACUCACUGAUCGCCGCCGUGCUCUUUACACAGGGCAUUCGCGCAUAUGCCCUUCUGCGUUUUGGAUGUUCGCAGAUUGUGGUUGAGCGUCUUGACCCACUUGUCAACCCAGCAGAGAAUCCUUCUCCGCAUGUGCACCAGGUCGUCGGAGGAAAUGCCUUCAGCGCAGAUAUUCCCAGCUCAGACGUUUCGGCAAUUGCAAACUGUACCACCUGCAGCUUCAGCGAGGAUUUCUCCAACUACUGGACCGCCAAUCUGUAUUUCAAGGCCCGUAACGGGACCUACAAGCGUGUGCCACAGAUUCCCAACCGAUUCCUCGAUGGCGAAACCGGUGGCAUGACGAUAUACUACACCUCGUCGUAUGACAACACGAAUGUCACCGCUUUCAAGCCGGGCUUCCGCAUGCUUGCAGGAAACGCGGCGCAGAGAACCACCGGGGGCAUUGCCAAGUGGAACGCGAUGUGCUUCCGAUGCUACACCGCCGAGAAUUUCGGCGGAGAUAAUUUGGCUCCUUGCUCAGACAGUAAGGUUGAUAGCGUCUCGUUGCCGAACAAGAUGUGCCCUGGCGGUAUCCGCACAACGAUCAGGUUCCCGACCUGCUGGGACGGCACCAACCUCGACAGCUCCGACCAUUCGAGCCACGUCUCAUACCCCGAGACGGGGACAUUCGAGAGCAACGGCCCGUGCCCGGCUACGCACCCUGUCAAGCUUCCACAAUUGAUGUUUGAAGUAGUAUGGCAAACCCAGUUGUUCAACGACGAGGAACUGUGGCCAGAGGAUGGCUCCCAGCCAUUUGUAUUCAGCCAAGGCGACGACACGGGAUACGGGCAACACGGAGAUUACGUGUUUGGGUGGAAAGAUGAUUCACUCCAGAAGGCCAUGGACGCAAACUGUUUUGGGGCAAAUUGCACCCAGCUCAAGACCCAGGCUUUCUCUGAGGCGAACGCGUGCGCUGUGGCGAAGGCGAUCGAUGAGCCAGUCGAUGGAUGUAAGUUGUUCUCGCAGUUUCUGGUGCUUGCCCUGGCUAUCGGAAGUUCCAUAUCUAACUCUGAUUCCCUCUUAGGGCUUACGUCGCUCCCGGGAAUGGACAGCAGUGAUGACGGCAUGUAA